AUGACUCGGACGACCGACUCUGGUAUAAUUGACAAUUUAACGACAAUUAGCAACUCCAAAGUCAACCGAGAGAUGUCGCCAGCGCUUGUACGAUCCGAGGACAAAAUUCAACCAAAGCAGUGGCUGCUCAGGGUUGGAAGUGGACUACUCAAAGCACUCUUCUGGGUUGCAAGUCCUUCCUCCAUAGGCGCCGUCCUCCUGGGCCUUCUGGAGGAUUUCGUGGCGCAGAAACGAAUCACGAAUUGGCCUUCGAGGGACCGACGUAGACCGAAGGAGGCCGACGAGGACCGAGAGGAGACCGUAAGAGACCGAAAGAAACUGAAUGAAACAGAAGGAGAACGAAAGGAGACCGAAGGAAACCGAAAGGAGACCGAAAGAGACCGAAGAAAACCGAAGGAAACCGAAGGAGACCAAAAGCAGACCGAAAGAGACCGAAAGCAGACCGAAAGAGACCGAAGAAAACCGAAAGAGACCGGUGGAGACCGAAAGAGACCAAAGAGGAAGAUGGAGACCGAAAGAAACCGAAAGGAAGCCGAGAGAAACCGAACGAAACCGAAAGAAACCGAACGAAACGGAAGAAGACCGACGGAGACCGAAGGAGGCCGCUCGAGCCUACCAGAGACCAAACCAGACCGAAAGCUUCAAGCCGGUACAAUUCUCCCUCGGGAAAGGGUAAGGGUACAGGGUGCAGAAGAGGCAUACACAGAAGCUGAAAUUACACUGUUCUUGAUGUACAUUCACAUUUGGGAACGAAACAUUGUUCAGGCUGCUACACCCAACUCCAAUAAACCACACGCCAGAGAACCACAGAAAACCUUUUUUCCUCCAUGUGUUAAUACCACCACACGCGAUAAGCAACUCACACAAAUAACACAGGGACAACAGACGGCCCCCGAAGGCAUCAGAAAGGGAUCUGGGCCCUCGGGACGUCUUGCCUUCCUGGAGUCACUAAAUCCAGAGGGAUAA